CAACGUCUUGUCCUCAAAGCGAAUGGCGCGACGCCGAUCGAGCCGAACGUCCUGCUCAACCGUGCAGCUGCGUAGCUCAAGCUGCAGAAGUACGUCCAUUGCUCAUCCCCCUCUGCCUCUUUCAAGUCGCGAGGGAGAUGUGCUGACUCGCCUCGCCCAGCGAUCGCUUCACAUCUUUUGCACUAGAUUCAAGGAAGCAGAGGACUCGAACACGCUCGUGCUGAUCGACGCGCUGGCCCUCGUACACAGAUCAGCGGUGGACGCGAGCUAGCGAAUGAAGAAACGGGACCAGGAGAGUACAAAUGCGGACGCGGGCGCGCACACAUCCAUGAAGCAAGAUCGAUGACCCGCUGGCGCCACUGCUGCUCAUGCUGGACGCCCUUCGCUGCGCACGGCAGUCGUUCGCGCCCGUAUGCUGCAGAGCACGAGCGAUGGCACUCUCCUGCGCCCGCACCAUCCGAUCAAGCACGGCCAUUCCUCGCAGGGGGAUGCGCCUGCCCCUGUGUUGGCGCAGCAACAGCAGCACAAACCCAAGACCGAGGGCGCAGACGGCGCCCUCGUCGGUCUGCGCUGGAAAGGACUCAUCCCGCGCGGAAAGGUGCGAUGCGCGGUGUUCGAGGUGCAGCUGGAGCGCGACCUCGGUGCCCUGCGUGCAGAGGAGCAGGCGCAGGCCGAGACCGACAGGAAGACACAGGCGGAGGCGCAGGAGCAGGAGCUCGCAAAACUAAAGGAAGUGUCGUUUGCCUCUCUCUCGGGCCCGGAGUCAGAUGUUCAGCUUGGGCAGCCCCAGUCCGUAGCGGCGCAGCUACCGGAGAACAGCUCCCUCUACGGUGACCACGGCCUUCAGCAAGACCAGGUUGAUGCCAAUGCGCCCGACAACCCCGCUGUCGGGUCCACAGCGAUGAACGACCAUGGCGCGCCAGACUGGGCGCACGCCGCUCCCGCUCAUGCUCCGGAAGACCGUUCAGCUGAAGCUGUAGCAUAUGGUGAUGAUCCAAGCACAAGCAAAAAAGAGAAAAAGAAGAAGAAAAAGUCACCGGGAGAGACGCAGUUAAUGGAGAGGAAGGACGCGGAGAAGUCAAGAAAGCAGAAGGGGGAAGCGGCCAAGGAGUCGCUCACUCCAUUGCAAAGGCUACAGCGGUGCGAGAGGCUACUGAGGCAUGCGAAGCAGGAUUUCACCGACGCACUGGCGAUCCACGCGAACGAGACGGCUCUCUUCGAGUUCGAAUCAUUGCGGGCAGUGGAGACACGAAGCUCUGAGCCUCUUUAGCCGAGUGUGCAUCUCCUGCUUGCAUUCUUCACCCUGUUCCCCACGAGCCCGAGCCCUUCAACACUUGUUCUUGCGACCGUCCGGUUCCCUCCCUCAUUCACUUAGCAGGAACACAACUGUCCUUGACCUCCCCAAAUUCUCGCACAUCGCUC